CAAAAUGCUUCCAAUGUGAGAAAGAGUUCUGAAUUAAAUUUGUCAUCUUUAUGCUUUCAUAUUGACAUGGCUAAAAACAACAACCAAGUCAUUAACCAAAAAGGUUUAGCCCGACAAUUCGCUUGUAACCAAUCCACCAUCUGCCAUUCUCUACAAAGAGUAAAGAUAACUUAUAAGGAAAUCACUCCCCAAGCCACCGAGCAAUUGCGGAAGAAGAAUAAAGCAAAGAUCGAAGAGUUUAUCAAUAUAACCCUCCCUUCUCUGCUCCAAUCCAAGGCUAACAUCUUCUUCCUGGAUGAAGGCAAACAUUAUACUCUUAUUUUCCUAAUUCAAAUUACCAAUGGGGAGAAAGUUAUCCAUAGCAAACUAAUUGAAGGAGGAAUGAAGUCCAAAGACCUCCAUGAGUUCCUUGCUGAUUUUAACCCUCCCAAUAACGGAAGAAAGAAUGUUCUGAUAAUGGACAAUUUAUCAGUUCAUAAAGCCACCAAAUCAUGUCAGAAACUAAAACUGACCACUAUUGAAGAGUUAUUAAGAAAUAAGAAUAUUGAGCCUAUUUUCUUACCACCCUAUACACCUGAACUUAACCCCGUUGAAAGAUGCUUCAACAUCAUUCGCCAAUAUGUGGAAAGUUGCCAAGCAAGGAACGAAGAGAAGUUAAAAUCGGCUAUUGAAGAAAAGAUAAAGUUUUUUCAAGGGGAGGAUAUGACUAAGUAUUUAGAAAGCAGUGUCAGGGAAUGUUUGAUGAAACUUGCUUCAUUCCCUCAAAUCGAGAGUGCUGAUUAUUCUUACCAACCAAAGGAAGUAUUGCAAUACCUCUUACUCUGGAUACAAUUUGGGUGCUACAAUCGCCCAUGA